UGUUCACUCUCUUCUGACUUGACAACAUCGGACGAUAAAGAAAAUAACUGAGAGAAACGUCGUUCUGCAAGAUCAAAAACAUGGCGUCGGUGACUUCGGACUAUGAUUACAGUACAGCGAUAGAUUUUACAAUCGAGGAAGGGCUCUGCAACCUGGACCCCAACCCCAUGGAAGUCAUCACCCAAACCUACAUCCACUCCAUCAUCUGUGCUUUCGGCCUGAUCGGCAACGCUCUAGUGAUCCUCACCUACGUAUUCUACAAGAGAACCAAGACGAUGACGGACGUCUAUCUCUACAAUGUAGCUGUAGCGGACCUGAUCUUCGUGGUAGCCCUGCCAUUUAUCAUCUACAACGAGCAGCACAGUUGGUUAAUGGGCUCCGUGGCUUGCAAGAUACUGAGGUCAGCCUACAGCAUCAAUCUCUACAGUGGCAUGCUCCUGCUGGCGUGCAUUAGCGGCGACCGCUACAUUGCUAUAGUCCAGGCUAGAAAAUCAUUCGGUGCUCGUGCGCGCUCUCUGACCUACAGCCGACUUAUCUGCUCAGCUGUUUGGGUGUUUGCAGUGGCUUUAACUCUGCCCACCCUCCUCUACACCGAGCGCUUUGAAGAGAAAAGUCUGGAGGCUCAGACCACAAAUGUCAUGUGUCAGAUGUCUUUCAGCAAGACAGAAACGGCGAAGCUCAUGAAGGUGGUGGUUCCCAGCCUUCAAAUAGCCAUUGGCUUCCUGCUGCCUCUGCUGGUGAUGGUGUUCUGCUACUCCAGCAUCGUGUGCACCUUGCUGAGGGCUCAAAGCACCCAGAGGCAGAAGGCUGUUCGGGUGAUUUUGGCAGUUGUCGUGGUUUUCAUCAUGUGCCACCUCCCCUACAAUGUCACUCUGCUGAGCCACACUCUGUCUCUUUUCAAAGAGAGGAGUUGCGAGGCAGAGAAGAUCAAACUCCAAGUGCUGGCAGUCUCUAGGAGCAUAGCCUACUUCCACUGCUGUCUCAAUCCCAUCCUCUAUGCCUUCAUCGGGGUGAGGUUCAGGAGCCACUUUAAACAAAUAAUAUUGGACUUGUGGUGCUUCAGCAAAAAGUACAUCUACACGGCUCGCUCGUCACGCGCGCCAUCCGACAUUUGCAUCACAGGUCGCAUGUCUUCAGAUGGAUCCAACAACAUGACUUCAUUCAGCGCGUGA